AAAAAACAUCUAAUCGAGGUUUUUUAAACUACACAGAAGCGAUAUACAUAUUCAACGUAAACAUUCUAUUUAUAAAAGUCGCAGAUUCAGUAUAGAGAUAUAUUCAUUCAAACGAAAAACAUGGAAACUGUCAUUGACAUGAGGGACAAUAACGAGGAAGAAUUUUUUGCAAAGAUUUCUGAAAUUGUAUCACUUUUACUAAAGUCUGAAGGAAUUUUCACAAGAAUGGAAAUCGAUAAAGCAAGAACACCUUUAUAUGAAAUGCUAAUGCAUCAUUUACAUGGUACUGAUAUUGUAUCGACAGGAAGUACUGUGGAAGGGUCUUAUAUACCUGGUAGCGACGUAGACCGUAUGUUUAUUGUUCAGAACAUGAUUGCUAUUCUAGAUGAAAAAGAGGAAAAAGACUCAGAAAAAUGCACAUUUCUAUUGAACACAAAGCAAGAUCAAAGCUGUUUUGUGAAACUUGCUCUUUUAAAAUGUCCCCAUGAAUCCACUUUAAAUGUAGAAGUCAGGGAUUUCCUUGUAGAAAAGGAAGGUGUGUAUUUUCUCUGUAGUGAGAAAUACCGUAACUUGAAAAUCAUCCCAGAAAGUGGAAAUUGGUUAUCAUCCUAUGCAUCGAUGUCAGACUUUCAUGAACAUGGCCCUUGCUCAUCAUCUUCGGUAAAUUUUGACAUUGUCUGUCGAAGUAUUGAUUUGGACACAACGGAGGGGAUACACUGUUCAAAAUGGCCAAUGGUGGCACUUGAAUGGACAAGUCGAGAAAGGUAUAGCAUAUGGCCACCUAAACAUCUCAUAGAGAAAGCACUGGAUUUCCCAGUUCAUGUCGUUCCAGUAGGAGAUCCAACCUCUGAUGAAUGUCAGCUCGAAUGGAGACUUUCUUUUAGCUAUGUCGAACAGGAACUCGUUUGGAGUUUCAAUGAAACUCAACUGAACGGUUUUGUUCUACUUAAGACCAUAUUUAAAGCCUUCUUAGAACCUGUAGCAAAGGACAUACUUAGCACUUACCAUUUGAAGACUAUUGUUUUAUGGGUUUGUGAAGGAGGUUCGAUAAAGUUGCAGCAAACAAACUUAAUACGCCUGCUGAAGCUUUGUCUUCAAAUGUUGAAAGAAUGCAUUUCUCGGAGGACUCUAAAGCAUUUCAUUGUAAGUAAUCAUAAUUUGUUUUAUCAUAAAUUUGAAAAUUCAGAUCUACGAGAAGGUCUUGUGAAUAUAAUUGAUUGUAUUUUAUCCAAUAUAAUUUCUGCUUUGCAACAAUGUAGAUUGCCCUUGGAAGACGUGAAGCUACGGCAGUUUGAAAAAAGUGUACUAGUAAUUGUUUCAGGAGAAAAUCCUCCAAGUCUGACAAAAUUAUCACAAAUUCAGAUAGAAUUAUCGCAGGAAGCUGACGAAUGUAUUAGAAAUAAAAAUAAAUUCAGUAAAUAUGGAGCUGCAUUUGGAAUAAUGAUUUCUAUGGUUAGAGGAUAUGUAGAAGGGUCAAAAUUAACAGAGAUACUCGAUAUUUUUGACCAGUCUGCAUGUGAAUUGAAUGUAGAAAUCGUAGUCGGUUUGAAGAUAUUUUCAAUCAUCAGACUAGGAAUUUUGUACCAUUUGGACUAUAUCAACAUAACGGACCCUAGUCCAUUAUACUUUGAAGGAGGAAUAUUCCAGUCAGAAUACGUCGACUCUGCCAAUCCAGAAGAAAAACACAUUAGACUUGAAGCCGCAAGAAGUUCUUUUGAUAUAGGAUGCUCUUUGGAUCAUUUAUCGCGAUAUCUUUAUUAGGCGAUGUUUUUAUUAGUUCAAAACGAUUUGAACAAAAUGUUGGAAGGAAUAGCGAAAAUUUUCGACAAAUCUUUGAUUCUGAAGUAUGAAGGGUUUUGUU